AUGCCAACGAACGACGAGUAUUCGCUUCUCACUGCUGCAGCAAGUGGCAACGUGGCUAAGGUUCAAUCCUAUCUCGACAAACGCGUCAACGUCAACUGCACAGACAGCAUUUAUACGCCAUUGCACCGAGCUGCUUACAAUGGUCAUGUGGACGUCGCCCGCCUCUUGCUCGACAAAGGCGCCGAUGUGGAAGCGUCCAAUGCGAAUGGUUAUACACCACUGCACUAUGCCGCUCAAGGCAAAAAACCAGAGAUGGUCGAAUUUCUUUUGGCAAAAGGCGCCAAAAUCGACGCCAAAAACAAGAAUGGCCAAACGCCGCGUGAGGUCGCAGAAGCACGCGGUUCUAAUGAUUUCGUCGCAACGCUUUUACGCGACUAUCCUCGCAUGCAAGAGGAGCAGCUCUUCGAUGCACUGCGCGAGAAGCGCAUUCCUGACGCCAUGCGCAUUCUCCAAAACAACUUUUAUCACGUCAACCUCCGUGAUAGCUCUGAGACGCCGUUGCUGCACGUGGUCGUAGCGACGCAAGAUCUGUCGCUGCUUCAAAUGUUGCUUCAAAGGCGAAACCUCCAAAUCGAUGCCAAAGACUCGAUGGGUCGCACGGCUCUCACAGUCGCCAUCACUACGGGCACCGCAGAGUUGGUUCAGGCGCUGUACCAAGCAGGCGCAUCCGUCGAUCUCGUCGACCUGAGUCUCCGUGCUUCAACGCCAGUCUUUGCCAUCGCUUUACACCAAGCAGCCUCCAUCAACGAAGGCAGCACGGUGGCUCAGCUACUGCGUCUGGGCGUCAGCUCCUUGUUGGCCAACGAGAAAGGCGAGACAGCGUGGCAUGUGGCGGCUGCAAAGGGGUAUAUGUCCAUCCUCAUGAUGCUGCUCCAACAAGAGACCAAGGACGAGAACGGCAUUGACGUGACCAACCACAAUGAGGAAUCACCCCUUUUUGUCGCUACCACCAGUGGCCACGCCGGCGUUGUCAAGUGUCUCCUUCGUGCCAACGCCAGCCCCCACAUUAUUUCCCAUGAUGGAUCGACACUGCUGCAUGCGGCUGUGAUUGGCGGGAACAUGAUUGUCCUUCACCAAAUCGUUCAGAGUGGCGUCAACGUCGAUGCGUCUGACGCGAUGGGGCAGACACCGCUCCACAUUGCGUCCGAGAAGGCCUACGACAGUGUGGUCAAGUACCUUCUGGACGUCGACGCCAACGUCUUUGCCAAGGACAAGACGGGCAAGACGCCGUUGAUGCUGGCGACCCACCCACUUGUCAUCAACACCCUGCUACAGGCAGAAAAAUCGACCAAGCAAAAGAUCCCUCUGCUCUCGGAGGCCAUGCUGGACCACAUUGUUACGCGUGUUUCCACCUCGGAGACCAUGCUCGACCACAUCAUCACGCGUGUCUCUUCCUCGGAGACUAUGCUCGACCAACUCGUUGACCGUAUCUGCGCCUCGGAGGCGAUGCUAAGCAAACUCGUCCAGCGAAUUUGCGACCGCCUCGACGUCGGCCACGAAGCUUUGGAGGCCUCGGUGGAUCGACCUGAGGGCACUCGAGGCGCGAACGGGCAUGCUCAAGCUGUCUUCGUCAACGACGCCAGCCAAGAGCUGCUGGCCGACGACAGUGAUUCCGACGCCGCGAACGCGGCGGGCGACUCACCUCUGCAUCUCGCUGUACAAACCAACGACCACAAGACGUUGAUGUCGCUUUUGCGAUCGCCCAGCAUCAACGUCGACGUUCGCAACGCGGCGGGCGUGACGCCGUUGACUCUGGCCAUCCAAAUGGGCCACCGACGCCUGGCGACGAUGCUACAGACAGCUGUCCACCGCAUCAUCCCCAGCGUACCGGCCACGGACAUCAAGAUGGACCAAUCUAGUCCAAUCUAUGGCACCGUGUACAAGGGCACGUACAAGGGUCGUGUCGUCGCCAUCAAAACGCAUGCCGAUGAGUCCUCCGCCCAAGCAAUCAUCCACGAAAUGGAGACCAUGCAGCAGUGCAACUCGGCGUACGUGCAGCAGCUGCUCGCCGUCUCGGAUAUCAACUCGACCAGUCCCAAGCUCGUGCUCGAGUACAUGGACGCGGGGGAUUUGCGCAGCUACCUCGACGCCAAGCGACUCGGUGAGCCCACCAAGGUCAACGUCUCAUCAUUGGAAGUCGCGUGGGUGGUUGCGAAUGCGCUCGCCGAUUUGCAUCACAACGGCGUCUUCCACCAAGAUCUUGAGAGCUACAACGUCCUUCUCUCCUCGACCAACUACGUUAAAGUCGCGAAUCUCGGUUCUGGCCUCGAGUCGGAUGCGACGACGGGCAAGAGCACACCGUACUGGACAGCACCCGAGGUGCUUGCGUCGACGAGCAACUACAGCUUUGCAGCUGACAUUUACUCGUUUGGCGUCAUUUUGACCGAGCUCGACACAUUGCAGUUGCCCUUUCAUGACGCCAAGGGCCUUGGGUACUGGGGCAUCAUCGACGGCGUGCGUCUCGGCAACCUCCGUCCGACAGUGAGCGCGAAUUGUCCGCAGUGGUUGCGUGACCUCGCCGACGCUUGUCUCUCGUUUGACCCGAGGCUGCGUCCGUCGGCGCAGCUGAUUGUCCAGUCGCUCCAAAAGCUACUCGAUCGCAGCGAAGAAGAGCUUUUGGCGCCUUUUAAGAGCGAGCAAACGGCCAAGUUGGCCGAGCCGAGUCUGGGUAGCCCCACAAGAAUCAUAAUUGACGAGAGCCCACAACCACCGACGAGCGAUGCGACCAGCGACCCCGAUACCGCACCGGCUGCCGUCACAACCACAUCUUUGAUCGCAUCGACAGUGUCGGCGACGACCUCGAACGCCAAGUCUGUGAGCACGCAAAUCGUGUGUCAGCUCUGCCGUGUCUCCAACUCGCUCUUGCAGACGCACUGCCAAGGCUGCGCGGAAGAGCUCGCUUCCGUUCCGUCCAAGCUCAAAACGCUCCUCAAGCGUCUCUCGGUCGUCAAGAAAAGCGGAUGGGAGAUCGACGACGAUCUUGUUUGCACCUGCUGCGACACACACCAACCGAUGGAGGCGACCACCUGUGACAACUGCGACGAUGCACUUCCAGACGACCAAGAGAAGCUGCGUAUCCUCGUGCUACGCAUCGAGCAAGUGUCCAAGUCCAAGGCCUAA